UUCCACUAAUAUUUCCCAUCACUUCCAUUUCAAGCAAGUGUCUCUCUGUUAUCUAUCAAACCCUAUUUUCUUUAUCUUCUUCUCCCACCUCCUCUGCAUUUUCUUGGAGCCAGCCCACUUAAUUUUAUUUGAAAAUCAAGAAAAUGGCCAGAGGGAAGAUCCAGAUCAAGAAGAUUGAGAACGCCACUAAUAGGCAAGUCACUUAUUCUAAGAGAAGAAAAGGGCUGUUCAAGAAGGCCCGGGAGCUCAGUGUUCUUUGUGAUGCUAGUGUGUCUGUUAUCAUGAUAUCUACUACUAAAAAGGCUCAUGUCUACACCAAUCCCAUUUCGACAAAAGAGUUUUAUGAUAUGUAUCAGAAGCUACAGGGGGUUGAUCUCUGGAGCUCCUGCUAUGAGAAAAUGAAGGAACACCUGAUAAAGCUAAAAGAGGUGAACUUGAAUCUUAACAGAGAGAUCAGGCGUAAAAUGGGCGAGUGUUUGGAUGGUUUGAACUUUGAUGAGUUGUGCAAUCUUGAGAAUAAGAUGGAAAAUACUGUUAUGGCCAUUCGCGAAAAGAAGAUGAAGAUGAUCACGAGCCAAACUGAAAACAUCAGGAAGAAGAUAAGGAAUAGCGAAAAUGAACAAAAAUUUCUCCUACAUCAGUUUGAACUAAGAGGUGAGGAUCCAGGCUAUGCGAAAGUCGAGCUGGGAGAGGAGCAUAAAUCAUAUCUUGGAUUGUCACAUGCACUCCAAGGUAUACUGGCUCUCAACUUUUCGCCAAAUCAACCAGAUCCUCAUUCUGGUGUGUGAUCAGAUGGCACACCUUUGCUUUUGCCUCAACAAUAGGUGCUGAACCAGCCCAUGGGCUAAUUGACCUAACUCAAUUAACAUAACUUUUCUGUUUACUGGUUGAAGUUUUUAGUUUUAAUAUUAUCCGGAUGAUGUCAUGAUGACCGUGGCAAUCCGCAAACACAGUUAAUAGUUAUUAGUCUUUUCGUGGUUGUGUGAACUUGAUAAACAGACUCGUGUUCUUUGUAACUGGUGUUUUAGUACGCAAAUUCCACUAAUAUCUUAAACAUUGUUGCGACAUUGUCA